AUGUUCCUGGGUUUGGGUGUGCUGGGCACGGCUGUACUCACCCUCCUUACCCCUCUGGCUGCUCAGUUCGGGUCCUACUGGCUGUUUGCACUGCGAGCACUGGAGGGCUUUGGAGAGGGUGUGACAUUCCCUGCCAUGAUGGCGAUGUGGGCUCGGUGGGCUCCUCCACUGGAGCGCUCCCGCCUGAUAUGCCUGUCAGGAUCCGGGGGCAACUUUGGAGCCUUUCUGGCUUUGCCGCUCACUGGCUUCAUCUGCCAGACUCUGGGCUGGCCUGCUGUCUUCUACCUUUGUGGUGAGGGAGUGAAACUCAUACAAACCAAAUACAGUCACAUAUACUGUCAGGGCUGGUCCGUGCCGGUGCUGUCUAUGAUGCUGUCUGUCCCUCUGUGGGCCAUCAUCAUCGCCAAGAUGUGUUCAAACUGGGCCUACUACACCCUGCUCACCUCUCUGCCCACAUACAUGGACAACAUCCUGCACUUUGACCUCAAGUCGUGUCUGGUCUUCCUGUCCGCCCUGCCGUACCUCGGUGGCUGGUUAAUCUCCAUACUGUCGGGAUUUGUGGCUGACAACCUCAUUGAGAGGAGGGUGUUCAGUGUCACUGUCGUACGCAAGCUCUUCACCCUCACAGGUAUGUUGCUGCGUGCAGCUUUCCUCAUGGCCGUGAGCUAUGCUGGCUGCAGCCACAUCCUUACCGUCACCUUCCUCACACUGUCCAUAGCCACAGGAGGGAUCAGUGGCCCCGGAGUCUUCAUCAACCAGAUAGACAUCGCUCCUCGGUUUGCAGGAUUUCUUCUGGGAAUCACCAACACAUAUGGGACUAUUCCUGGAAUCGUGGCACCGAUUGCUACAGGCUACUUUACAAAAGAUCACACUCUGGCCGGUUGGAGGAAGGUGUUCUGGGUCGCAGCUGGGAUCAACGUCGGUGGGGCUCUCAUCUACACCAUAUUUGGCACCGGGAAGAUUCAACCUUGGGCCAUCACCGAGGAGGAGAGAGCAGAAGCAGAGGAAAAGAGGAAGAGGUUCAUCUUAGCAACACACAGCCAAGUUCAUAAAAAGAAACGGUGGCAGGUGUAGCCUGUAUCAGUAGAUCAGGAUAGUUUGAUCAAGGAUAAUUUAAAAGCGCUGGUUUUUACAGUAAAUUUGCACUUGUCAUUCUGGUCUUGCACAUUGAUUGUUGA